CAGGCCCCGGGGAGGCUCAGCGGGUCCUUUCCCCCCCGGCCGGCCGCUCUGCCCUCCCGGGGCCCCGCUCACCUGCUUGGCCCCCCGCGUGAACUCCUCGACGCUGAACUCCUGAUCGAAGUAGAGGCGGAUGAGCAGGUCCCUUCCAACCCCGAAAAUUCCGUGAUUCUGUGACCCGCGGGCCCCCAUCCCUUGCUCAGAGAGAGAAGCCGGGAACGCUCCUGCGCGGGCUCUGCUUUCCGGGGGAAGCGGCGGGACGGACCCGGGUCACCGGCGGUCAUGGAGCGGCGGGAGCGGGAGGCGCUGGAGCUGGAGCGGCGGGAGCAGCCGGCCGUGGAGCGGCGGGAGCAGCCGGCGGUGGCGGUGGAGCGGCUGGACGGGGUGACGCGGGAGCGGUUCCUGCGGGACAUCUACCCGCGGAGAAAGCCAGUAGUUCUGACAGGAAUGGAACUGGGCCCUUGCACAACCAAAUGGACAGUAGAUUACUUGAGCCAAGCUGAAGGAUCUAAAGAAGUAAAGAUUCAUGUUUCCACAGUGCCACAGAUGGAUUUCCUCAGUAAGAACUUUGUGUAUAGAACUCUGCCUUUUGAUGUAUUUGUACGAAGAGCAGCUGAAGUCAACCACCAGGAGUACUUUCUUUCUGAGGAUGAAAAGUACUAUUUGCGAUCAGUGGGUGAAGAUGCUAGGAAGGACAUUGCAGAUAUCAGGAAGCAGUUUCCUGUUUUGGCAAAAGAUGUUCAAAUUCCAGAGUAUUUUGAGAAGGAACAGUUCUUCUCUAGUGUCUUCCGCAUCAGCUCAGCUGGAUUACAGUUAUGGACACAUUAUGAUGUAAUGGAUAACUUCUUAAUCCAAGUCACAGGGAAAAAACGAGUUGUUUUGUACAGUCCUCGAGAUGCACCAUAUUUAUAUUUAUCAGGUACUAAAUCAGAGGUACUGGAUGUGGAUAACCCAGACAUGGAGAAAUAUCCCCUUUUUGUGAAAGCCAAGCGCUAUCAAUGUCUUCUGGAAGCUGGAGAUGUGUUAUUUAUUCCAGCUUUGUGGUUCCACAAUGUAAUUUCUGAGGAAUUUGGAGUGGCACUGAAUGUCUUUUGGAAACACCUUCCUGCUGAAUCCUAUGAUAAGACAGACACUUAUGGAAAUAAAGAUCCCAUGGCAGCCUCUAGAGCUAUACAGAUCUUGGACAGGGCCUUGAAAACACUUGAAGAACUACCUGAGGAAUACAGGGAUUUUUAUGCUCGGAGAAUGGUGUUACGCAUCCAAGAAAAAGCCUAUAGGAAUGAUUAUGGAUAAAAUAACACAUUGUAAUUCAGCAAGCUUCUGUGCAAGUAGAAAAUUGUAUGUCAAUGUGGAAACUGUCCAUGUGUACAUACAUUUUGAGACCAAUAAAAACUGUUGGUAAAUAUUCAUCUAUAACGAAGUUGAUCUUGUAGCUUUUUUUUCUUGUUUUUAUCAUGUGUAGUGAGUACAGAGUUUGCUUGAUCUGGCGAUGGUCUCUUUUCUACAGUGAUAUACACAUUUGCAGUGCCUGCAUUUAUGACUGUACUGGUUUGGAAUGUUCUACUUAAAUUUUUCUGAACAGAAGUCCUGGUGUCUGGGCUGACAGUGUGUAUGCUUACAACUAACUGCACGUCUUCUUGAGUCUGACCUCAUGAAAGUUUAGGAAAGCCACAGUGGUUUCUGAGGAAGUCUAGGAAAGCCAUUGUUGGUGGCUGUAAUGGUCAAGGUUUCUUUUUGAGUAAUAACCUGAGAAUAAGUGUGGGGAGUUUCUUCUCCCCCUUGUAGUGAGACUGAGAGCGGGUAUGAGGAAAAAGCGCAAAAGCUAAUCAUGCCAGUUAAGCUUAGAAUUGUGCAACAGCUUGACUGCAAGGCAAAUGAUUUACCCUUUUCCUACCUGCAUAAUGUAUUGUGGAGAAAACCUUGUUGGUCACUGCCCCAGUGCAGUCAGGCAGCAUUGCUGUUUCUGUAGCUGUGAAACACUUGCAACUAAUGUGCCCAUAAAUCCAUUCAGCUACAGUCCUAGAAUCUGCAGUGAAGUUCAUAGUUCUGAAGUAGACAUAGAAUCUACUGGGAGCUGUACUUGGGGUGCUCUUUGUUACCAUAUGAGAGGGGGUUUGCAUUGCACCUUUGGGGAUGGAGCCUGUUGUUCAGGCAUUGUAGGUUACUUUUUCAGAUUGCAGUGCUUACAAAAGCCUUGUGAAAUAAAGGUGGGGAUCUCACAAAAAGGAUAGGCUUGUCAUUGUCUCUUUGAAAUCCCUCUGAUGUUAUUACUUGUGCCAUUUGGGCAAUGCAGCAUUUUGUGACUAAGGUCAGUCUGUAAUUUCUAACAAUGUUUUUUGAGAACUGUGACUUGUCAAAAGCUCUUAGACUAAAUAGAUAUGUAGUGUUAAUAAAGUGCUGGAAAAAAAAAGCUUUCUCCAGAAGA